AUUUUAUUACUAAUUAAAAACCCUCCCCAAACAUUUACCUCCCCACCACCCCCACACUACACUGCACUAGUCAACCUUCCCGAGAAAAAGUCAAACCCAAUCAAAACCCUACCGCCGAAGAUGCAUCACCCGUCGCCGGACACCGACCUGCCACCACUCGCCGCCAUCAAGGUCCGCUCCUCCUCCCCUCGCUUUCCUCCCCCAACCACCCCUCUCUCCACCGAAACCCCCACUGCUGGCGCCCAGCGCAAGAUCGGCAUCGCCGUCGAUCUCAGCGACGAAUCCGCCGUCGCCGUCAAGUGGUCCGUCCACCACUACCUCCGUCCAGGGGACGCAGUCAUUCUGGUCCACGUCCGCCCGACGUCCGUCCUCUACGGCGCUGACUGGGGAUCGGUCGACCUCUCCAUCGUCGACACCGACAACGAGGAGUCCCAGCGCAAGCUCGAAGACGAUUUCGACGCCUUCACCACCGCCAAGUCGGCCGAUCUGGCGCAGCCGCUCGUGGACGCCCAAAUCCCGUUCAAAAUCCACAUCGUGAAGGAUCACGACAUGAGGGAGCGUCUCUGCCUGGAGGUUGAGAGGCUCGGACUGAGUGCUCUGAUCAUGGGUAGCCGCGGAUUCGGCGCCACUAAGAGAGGCAGCGAUGGUAGGCUUGGCAGUGUUAGCGAUUACUGUGUCAGGCAUUGUGUCUGUCCCGUCGUUGUGGUUAGAUACCCUGAUGAGAAGGAUACUGCCGGAGCCGCUGUCCAGCCAAUCGUGUCGGUAGCUUCCGCCGCUGAGGACGACGAGGAGCCUGAGUUUCACGAUGCGUCCGAUGAUCGUAAAGAUUCCUAGCCAAUACCCGGCGUGAUGACUCCCAUUUUGCACUGCAGCGUGUUGAGGACAUUGUCUACAAGCAGUAGUUCAUUUAUGAGAAACUAAAUCAGAUCUAUUUACUUAAUAUGUGGAGUAAUGUAUAUUGGUCAUUUGUUACUUUUAUUCCAUAUAUUAUUUGCUUCUUUUUUUGUUCGUGUGUAACAUUGUUGUAACUUAAACGGGUUUUUCAAUAUCCGAGUCCGCGUAAUGACUUAUAUGCCCUCGGCAACAUGUAAAACCGCUGCAACUUCUUAACAUGUGACAUUAUUUUAAAGUUUUUGAGUUUCUUUU